GUGAAACCAGAACCCUAGCUCUCUCGCGGUUAAAAUAUCAGAACAAAAACAAAAUAAAAUUAAAAAACAAACACGAGGAAUCAAAAUCAAUUGGAAUUUUAUUUUCAAAAUCGGGGAUUCUGUUAGGGUUUCAAAAUCGCCGGCGAUGGGAUUCUCAAUCUCAAACCCUAAUUCGUGAAUUCGCUGCGUUGAUCAUCGGAAUUUCUGGUUCGUGGUGUGGUUUUUGAGAUCUGAAGAAAAUGCACCGGCAUGUAUGAUGGAAUGUGAAAACUGGGGGAAUUUUGGUCUGAGUUUUGUUGAUUGUUCAUGGAAGGUAGAGAAGAGAACUCCAAUGGCACUGCAAUUCCCAAGAAAUCGAGAUCCCUUGAUCUUAAAAGUUUAUAUAAAUCAAAAUUGACUGAAGAGAGUGGUUCCAAAAAGAGCUUGCAGAAGACAGCUAGUAGUAGUAGUAGUCCAGGGGGUGGUGGUGAUGAGAAGAGAUUCAAGAGAAAGAGGGCUAGGAAGGAAGUGUCGCUGAGUAGCUUAGAAAAUGCUGAUGGUAGCAGGAAGAAGGGGGUUGAUGAGGAAGGUCAGCAAAGGCCGAGUUCUGGUGGAAAAGAUUUGCCUGAAUUGAAGUUGGGGCUGAGUCAGAGAUUGAGUGGCGGUAGUGGGCUCAAUAGAGCUCCACUUAGUGUUGGUGGUGAUGGCGUUUGUAUUCCCAAGCGUAAGAGGAAUUUUGUGGGGCGGAAGAAAUCCCAAGUUGGUCAAGCAUCGAAUCUGGUAGGGCAGGCUAGUGGUACAAUUGACCAUGACAGUCAGGUGCCUAAGUUAGGUAGUGAUGAUUUGGGUAAGGGGGUGGCUGAUUCUUCAAAGAUUAAAUAUUUAGAUGAAUUUAAAGAAAACGGCAAUAGUGAUUCAGUUUCAGUUCAGCAUAUCAAGGGGAAUGGGGAUCGUGCCUCUCAUUCUGUUGUAAAUAGUGGUGAUUCCUCUUUAACAAAGACAAAGAAGAAGGUUAGGAAACGAAAGGCUUUGGCUUCAGAUAGAAUUAGGGUUCCCGAAAAGGCUGCCGAGCCUUUCAUUGAUAGUUGUAAAAUAUCUGAUGAUUUGCAGGAAGAUGAUGAGGAAAAUCUUGAGGAGAAUGCAGCAAGGAUGCUUUCUUCAAGGUUUGAUCCGAGCUGUACUGGCUUUUCUUCUAGUGGCAAGUCUUCUCCAAUGCCAUCAGCAAAUGGUUUGUCCUUUUUGCUAUCUUCUGGUCGAAAUACUGUUAAUCGUGGGUCGAAGUCUCGGUCGGGCUCAGAAUCAGCAUCAGUUGAUGCUGCUGGCAGAACUCUGAGGCCAAGGAAACAACACAAUGACAAGGGUACCAGGAAGAGGCGUCACUUCUAUGAAAUUCUGUAUGCUGAUGUGGAUGCAUAUUGGCUACUGAACAAAAGAAUUAAAGUAUUUUGGCCUUUGGACCAGAGUUGGUAUUUUGGCCUUGUAAAUGACUAUGAUGAAGUAAAAAAGCUUCACCAUAUCAAGUAUGAUGAUCGAGAUGAAGAAUGGAUUAAUCUCCAAACUGAGAGGUUCAAACUCCUGUUACUUCGUUGUGAAGUUCCUGGAAGUGCAAAAGGGGGAAGAGCUUUAGCAAAACGUAGAAGUUCUGAUCAGCAAAAUGUCAGCAAGUCCAGAAGAAAGAGGCAAAGAGAGGAGAUUACAGGGGAAGAUAGUUGUGGUGGGAGUUCUAUGGAUUCGCAGCCUAUAAUUUCGUGGUUGGCUCGAUCUUCUCAUCGGCUUAAGUCUUCUUGUCAUGGUGGUAAGAAACAGAAAACUUCUGUUAUGCUUCCAAGUACGACCUCAUCAUUGUUAUAUGAUGAACCUGUCGCAGUAAAAGGGCAUGCAGCUAAGAAUUCCUUGCGGGAUGUUGAAAAUAAUUUGUCUAGUGAUUCUGUAUCACAUGAUAAGUUAGGUGAUAAUUUUAGGGAAAAGUUCUCAUUGCAAAGCUCCACUUGCACUAAAGAUGACAAGAAGCCUAUUGUGUAUUUUAGAAAACGGUUUCGAAGGUCAGCUCCCAUAUCCCCUCAUGUUCCUGAGGGUAACCAUGUUAGUAUAAGCUCACCAUGUUCUGUUUCCUUUGAUCUUUUGGCUGGACGGGUUCAGAAUGUAAAAGAACCGAGUGGGAGGGUUGAGAUUCAAGGGCCAUUGUACUUCACUUACAAUGAGGGAGUAUCUAAAAUAUUUUGGGAGAUGGAGUUAGCUUCAUUCAAAUUUGACUUAAAAUUUCCAAUACGUUUGGUUUUGAAUGAAGCUUUCCAAUCAGAGAAUUUGUGGUUACCCUAUGCUGCUCUGCUGUUUCAGUGUGGUGCAGUUAUGACCACAUGGCCAAGAGUUAGUUUGGAGAUGCUUUUUGUUGAUAAUGUGGUUGGGUUAAGAUUGCUAUUAUUUGAAGGCUGCUUGAAGAUGGCUGCAGCCUUUGUCUUUUUUGUCCUUAGGGUAUUUCGUCAACCUGUGUGCCGAGGGAUGUCUGACUUGCAGCUGCCAGUUACAUCUAUUGGAUUCAAGUUUUCCAGUCUUCAUGUUAUUAAGAAGCCACUUGUGUUUGUACUCUAUAAUUUCUCUAGAGUGAAGAAUUCACAGUGGGUGUUCUUAGAUUCUAAGCUUAAGAGGCAUUGCCAGCUCAGUAAGCAGCUCCAUCUUUCUGAGUGCACAUAUGAUAAUAUUCAGGCGCUUCAAAAUGGGUACAGUGAGUUCCCAAGGACUUCCAUCAGUGAGUCCUCAUCAUUCAAGGUCGUGCGCACGAGGAGUAGGCAAGGGAUUAACAUCAUGGGUGCUUCCAAAAUGUCCGCUCCAGUUGAAACUCAUCAGUCUUCUCAUGCUGGCGAGAGGAAGCUUCCUCCAUUUGCUCUUUCUUUUGCUGCUGCACCUUCAUUUUUUCUCUGUUUGCAUCUUAAGUUGUUGAUGGAGCAGUCGACAGCUCAAAUUAGCACUUGUAAUCUUGCACCAAAUGAUGAUCAGGAAGAUUCUGGUUUGGUGACAGAUGACUGUUCAAGCAUUGAUGAUUGCUCAAACCGGAAUACAGAAAUUAUUCUCAGGAAAGGUGUGAUGGCAUUGCCAAAUGAUGCUGCAGGUGGUGCAUCGUCUGGAGCUGAUUUAGAUCAGGUAAUUGGUUCCUCUACUUGUAGUGAUCAAGUUUUAUCUCAAAAUUACCAGAACAUUGGCCUAAAAGGUGCUGAAACUUCUAUUUCCAAUGGUUCUGAGAAACGUGGCACUAUUGACUUAUCAAAGUGGCAAUCCCAUCAUUCUGCACUAAAGCUGGACUCUUUACCUUCGAAUUCUCUAAUACACCAGGAUAAGGCUGAUUCUCAUUCUUUUAUGGGCGAUCUCAAUGUCCAAAUUCCUUCAGUUGAUGAAUUUGAGAAACCUAAUGCUCAAAACUCUCCUGAUUUCUCUUGGAAUAUUAAUGGAGGUGUACCAAGCUCCAAUCCAACUGGUCCAAGAAGCUCUUGGCAUCGGAGUCGGAAUAGUUCCUUGUCAUUGGGAUUCCAGUCACAUGGGUGGUCUGAUGUCAAGGCUGACUCUAUUUACAAUGAUUUUAGCAAUGGACCCAAAAAGCCACGGACACAGGUAUCAUAUUCAGUGCCUUUUGCAGGGUAUGAAUAUAGUUCAAGGCACAGAAACCAUCAUCAGAAAGGGCUUCCUCACAAACGAAUUAGAAAAGCUAGUGAGAAGAAGUCAUCAGAUGUUGCUAGGGGCCCUGAAAAGAAUUUUGAAUGCUUAUCUUGUGAUGUGAAUGUCUUGAUCACUCUUGGUGAUAAAGGUUGGAGAGAAUCUGGGGCCCAAGUUGUACUAGAGCUGUUUGACCAUAAUGAGUGGAAACUCUCCGUAAAACUCUUAGGAGUUACAAGGUAUUCAUACAAAGCACAUCAGUUUAUGCAACCUGGAUCAACAAAUCGUUACACACAUGCUAUGAUGUGGAAAGGAGGGAAGGAUUGGAUCUUGGAAUUCCCAGAUAGGAGUCAGUGGACCCUUUUCAAGGAGAUGCACGAGGAAUGCCACAACCGGAACAUCCGUGCUGCUUCAGUUAAAAACAUACCUAUUCCUGGUGUUCACUUGAUCGAAGAAAAUGAUGAUUAUGGAUCUGAGGUAAAUUUUAUUCGAAGCUCUAAGUAUUUCCGACAGGUUGACACAGAUGUUGAGAUGGCCCUGGAUCCAUCCCGUGUUCUGUAUGACAUGGAUAGUGAGGAUGAGCAGUGGAUUUCAAAUGUUAGACAUUCUGAAGAUCUUAACUGUGACUUGAAUGGGAUCUCAGAGGAGAUGUUCGAGAAGACAAUGGACAUGUUUGAAAAGGCUGCAUACACUCAGAUGCGCGAUCAGUUUUCACCUAACGAAAUAGAGGAACUCAUGAUUAAUGUUGGGCCUCUGUGUGUAGUCAAAAUCAUUUACGACCAUUGGCAGCAGAGAAGGAAGAAGAAGGGGAUGGCUUUAAUACGGCACCUUCAGCCGCCUCUGUGGGAAAGAUAUCAACAAGAAGUGAAGGAGUGGGAAGCAGCCCUGACGAAGAGCAACCUCUCUUCUAAUGGAGGGCUGGAUAAGGUUGUGACUUUGGAGAAGCCACCCAUGUUUGCGUUCUGUUUGAAACCAAGGGGUUUGGAAUCACUGAACAAGGGAUUUAGAAGUCGAUCACAAAAGAGAAUUUCAGUCUCUGGGCAUACUGAUAGCUUCCACCCUUUUGGAAGAAGAUUGAAUGGCAUAGCAUAUGGUGAUGAUAAGUUUGUAUACCCAGGCCAUAGUUAUGAUUCUUUGGAUGAUUCCCCAUUGCCCCAGACAUCUCCUAGGUUAUUCUCACCACGGGAUGCUUUCAACAUGAGAUAUUAUUCUGCGAGCAACGAUGGGUACUACAGAAAUCACAAUCCAAAAUCUCACAGGAGCAAGUCCAAGAAAUUUGGGUCCUAUAUGUAUCAAAACGUUGCACAGACAACAGCUUAUAAUCAGAGAAUGUCAUUGUCAGGAAAGAGAAAUGGAGUUACUAGAUGGAACAUGGGCGAUUAUGACUUGCCAGGUCACAGGCAGUACCUACCAGAUGGCCCUCAGAGGCAUGGGAUUGAGCAAAUGGAUGGUUCAGACCAUGAUGAGUUUAAAUUGCGUGAUGCCUCAGGUGCUGCUCAGCAUGCACGCAAAAUGGCGCAGCUAAAAAGACAGAGGGCUCAGAGAUUGCAUUAUAGAGCAGAUCUAGCUAUUCACAAGGCUGUGGUUGCUCUUAUGGCUGCUGAAGCAAUGAAAGGUUCUGAGGACUCGGUUGGUGAUAGUAGUACAACAAGUACCUGACGCUCUGAAAAAUUCAAGCAUCCUUCCUGUUUGCUGUGUAGAUGUGAAGAGGCAAGCAAUUAGGUUUGGCAUUGUUUUUGCUAGACAUGGCAUCUGGUUUACUUUGUCAAGAGUUGUGGCCUUUUUUCAUUUUCCAGAUAUUCCUUCAUGAGAGCCGAGUUCAGUGAGGCGGAGGAGAUUUUGUUGCAGCAAAGUUCAUCUCUCGAUCAUUGUCUAGCAGAAACUUUUCCAGCUUGAGAUCUGCUCAAUUCAUCAACUGUUGCAUUGAUAGGCAUGGUAUAGGUCUGAAUUUUUGGCUACCUAUAAUUUGUACAGAUUCCCCCCCUCCCUUUUUGCCCCCUUUAAGCUCUCGCUCCCCUUCUCAGUUUUAAACAUUCAACAUGAAAAUAGAAAUCGGCCAAAUAAUACAACACCAGUUUGAACAGAAAUUUCGCCGUUAUUUAGUUUUAGGUAAAUAGUGCGUGAUUCACAAACCACCUGUUAUUUUAUGGCCCAUGUCUUGCCAAAGUUAAUCGUUCCGUUCAUAUCCGUUAGUUCGGGGGAGAAUAUUAAUUUUAAGAAUUAAUAUAUUUGAACCCUGGAGGGAUUUAUGAUA